UCCAGAGCCCCGAACGCCCAUAUCCGGGUUCCCUCCGCCGCCGCCGCCGCCGCCGCCUCGCUCUCUCAGCCCUGUCAGGAGUGGUGUGAUUCCCGAUCAAGAUGGCGGCCGUGGGGCGAGUCGGCUCGUUCGGUUCAUCUCCGCCCGGGCUAGCUUCGACUUACGCCAGCGGGCCCCUGGCCAACGAGCUGGCGUCGGGCAGCGGCGGCCCCGCGGCGGGCGACGACGAGGACGGACAGAACCUUUGGUCCUGCAUCCUCAGCGAGGUCUCCACGCGCUCGCGCUCCAAGCUCCCGACCGGGAAGAACGUGCUGCUGCUGGGUGAAGAUGGAGCUGGAAAAACAAGCUUAAUAAGAAAACUUCAGGGAAUAGAGGAGUACAAGAAAGGAAGAGGACUGGAGUAUUUGUACUUAAGUGUGCAUGAUGAAGACAGGGAUGAUCAAACAAGAUGUAAUGUGUGGAUCUUGGAUGGAGACCUGUAUCACAAAGGGCUACUCAAGUUCUCCCUGGAUGCCCUUUCACUGAAGGACACUCUGGUUAUACUCGCUGUAGAUAUGUCAAAGCCUUGGACUGCUUUGGACUCCUUACAGAAAUGGGCAAGCGUGGUGAGAGAACAUGUUGACAAGCUGAAAAUACCCCCUGAAGAGAUGAAAGAAAUGGAGCAGAAGUUGAUUAGAGACUUCCAAGAGUACGUGGAGCCAGGAGAAGACUUCCCAGCUUCCCCUCAGCGAAGAGCCACAGCCACACAGGAGGACAGAGAUGACAGUGUUGUCCUCCCCCUGGGUGCAGACACACUCACGCACAACCUGGGCCUCCCAGUGCUCGUCGUCUGCACGAAGUGUGAUGCCAUUAGUGUAUUGGAGAAAGAGCAUGACUACCGAGAUGAACAUUUCGAUUUUAUCCAGUCCCACAUCCGCAAGUUCUGUUUACAGUAUGGUGCAGCGCUUAUUUACACCUCAGUAAAAGAGAACAAGAACAUAGAUCUAGUUUAUAAAUACAUCGUCCAGAAGCUCUACGGGUUCCCCUACAAGAUCCCUGCGGUGGUGGUGGAAAAGGACGCAGUGUUUAUUCCAGCAGGAUGGGAUAAUGAUAAGAAAAUAGGAAUAUUACAUGAAAAUUUUCAAACCUUGAAAAUAGAAGAUAAUUUUGAAGACAUCAUAACCAAACCUCCUGUCCGAAAGUUUGUGCAUGAGAAGGAGAUCAUGGCAGAAGAUGAUCAAGUGUUUCUUAUGAAGUUACAGUCCCUUUUAGCAAAGCAACCACCAACUGCAGCUGGAAGGCCUGUGGAUGCAUCACCAAGAGUUCCUGGAGGCUCCCCUCGAACACCAAACAGAUCUGUGUCAUCCAAUGUUGCCAGUGUGUCCCCCAUCCCUGCUGGAUCAAAAAAAAUUGAUCCGAACAUGAAAGCUGGAGCGACGAGCGAAGGAGUCCUGGCAAACUUCUUCAACAGUCUGUUGAGUAAGAAGACUGGCUCCCCUGGAGGCCCUGGGGUCGGGGGCAGUCCUGGAGGAGGCACUACAGGUGGAAGCCCUGGCUUGCCACCCUCCGCCAAAAAGUCAGGCCAGAAGCCUGUGCUCUCAGACGUUCAUGCAGAGCUAGACAGAAUCACACGGAAACCUGCUUCCGUUUCUCCUACAACACCUACAUCUCCUACGGAAGGAGAAGCCUCCUGAAGACACCAAACAAAGCCAUUUGUUCAUUCUUCUGGGGAAAGCAGCUCGCCUCUGUCUGCCUUUUCCUUCCAAGUUGGAAUUAGGGGGCUGGGAGC